UUCUGAACGCUUCGAUCUCCCCAGUUUUAUACCUUAUUCCCCUUAGAUCUUCGUUUUUUCGCUCAGUUGCCUUUGCCUGUUGCCUCAGCAGGCUCAGGACUCGGCAGCCUCGCCUCAAAUUUGGAGGUUCUGUAUUUCUUCGGAUGUCACACACACACACGAAAGUAUUGGAGUAUUUCAUUCCCUUUGUUCUGACCUUUGCUUGACACGAGACCACGCCAGACGUUAGGACUUGAUUCCUGCUUGAUUUCAGCUGAUUUUCAAGGUUUUUAAUGACGAAGAGAUAAUGGGUCCUAUGCAUGAGAAGAUUUGAAAUGCAAAUCUGUUGAUCGCAUUAUUCAUUUUGAGACCACAGCUUAGAAGGAGCUUGAGUAAACAAUGGCUUCCCCAUUGUCGCAAAUUAUUGAUAUUUAUGAUUACAGUUUGGCGGUGAAGCAAUGCAGCAAGGAGGUGGUGAGAGCGGCGUACAACCUGGAGACCCGUAGACAUAACCUGGUGCCCUUGCGUGAGUUGGCCAUGCGCACCGUAGUCACCUUCAUGCUGGAGAGGUUCAAACCAGCUCCUACUCUGAUUGAUAGACUGCCAAAACGCCUGAAGUCUGAGGUCCUCGAGGAAGUUACAAAUGUGGUUUCUGAUUCUCACAGGGAAGACUUGCUGCUGGACUUGAGCACCGUCAAGCAACUCAUCACUUCCGACCUGCAGAAAUUCAACUUCAUUACGGUCUUCAAAAAAGACUGGGACGAAAUUUGGAAACACUUGACCUCAUCUGCUCCCAACCUCAAAAGCAUUUCUGACUCUCAUCAGAAAAGGUGGCAUUUUGGGAGGGAUCAUCAUGAGCCAAAACCUGCAGAGCCCAUUCUCCAGUACUUGAUCAAGUUCGUCAAGCUAAUUGAACUCAAACUGACCACAUUCCAGUUUUCAGAUGAGGACAUUCGUAAGCUGAGCAAAAGUUGCACUAAUCUGAAAAGCAUCAAUUUGAAUAUGAGCAGCGAGCUAACCUCCGAAGGACUGUACUACCUCUCCAGCCUGCCUCUUCUGGAAAAGGUCGAAUUUGGGCCACAUUAUUCUUUUGAGUUAUUCCCAGAGCGCUCAGCCAAUCCUCAAAAAGCCUUUGAGAUGCUUCCAAACCUCAAGAUAAUCACUGACUUGAGCAUGAAAGCAGGUGAAUAUACGAGGCUAUACAUUCCAAGAAACCCUCAGCGCCCUUUCAAUUUGCAAAAGCUUGGCUAUGUUGACGGAUAUCUUGAGAAGAUUCCGAGCCACCUGCGUGAAUUGAAAGAGAUGCGCUGCAGCAAUGACUUGGCUCUAGAGGUUUAUGACCAAUUACCGCUCCUGCAAGCUCUGGACUCACCCACGUUUCCUAAAGAUUUUGCCACCCUGCAACUGAUCGGCUCCAGACUAGUCGAGAUCACGUCACACGAUUCGUUCCAGGGCACCAUUGAUGUGCGUCAAGUAUUGCGCUUGUGCCCUAACCUGGAGAAGCUGCACCUGUACGCAUCGUUUAUCAUGGACGACCAGAAAUACUGUUUUGACCCUGUCCAUCUGAAGUUGAAGGACCUGAAAAUGACUCAAUCCUUUGAUGUUAACAUAGACAUCCCAUUUUUCUGGGACCUGCUGCUGGCGCCCAACCUGCACUCCGUCUGUCUCAAAAGGUUCAUCUUCACGGAGCCUCGAGCCCUCCUUGACUCGGCUGAUCCCUUCCUGCUAAAAUUGGCCAACCUUGAUAUCCUAUUUGGUUUUGAGUGGCCCGUUGAUGAGAUCAAGAACAAAAUGUUGGACUUGCACAAUGAGUGGGUCUUGGGUCUGAUCAAGAACUGCCCCAAACUUCAAACUCUCUAUUGCUCAAUUGCUGCUUUUGGCUCGAUGGGAUUUAAUGGUAUUAUCAUUUUAAGUGUGGCAAAUGUGUCUAAAUUUUCACCCAUGUCACCAACAUGGAAAGUAGCCCGAAGAUGUGAGCUAGAUGAAGAUUCUGAAUAAGAGUGUUAUCUGAUGCAAGAAAUAAUUAAGCCAUGGGGAAAAGUUGAGAACCUUUCGUGGAUUAUUGUUUAUUUAGAGCUAUGGCGUUUUUUAAAACAAAAUUACAAAAGAAAAUUAAAUUAAUUACCAAAAUUAACGCACAACAUUUUUACCAACAGAAAAUCAAUAACGCCUCAGUUUUUUAUUUAUCAUUUUCAAGCUACUGAAAAUAAUUUUGCAUGUAAUUAAUCUGCUUUAUUAUUGUUUUGGUGUUACAUGGUGUACAAAUAUCUGUACCAAACGUUGAUCAAAACGUUCCAAUGCAAUCCAGAAAUCCAAUUAAAAGUUUGCAAACAAAACAUCCUCGCCUCGCACAGAAUGUUCCCAUCUCGUCGGAAAACUUUUAGGUUUGUUGAAAUCAAAAUAACUAAUAAUCUAAUAAAGCUCCUCCUGCGACUGCUGCAGAGAAACAACUUGCUCUUGUUUGCAUGCAAAUUAUAUAGCAACUGAAAACUCUGCUUAUAUCAAAAUAAAUGAGGACCGCGCUUUUGAGUCAAACUCUGCGAAACAAAUCAAUAACAGAUUAAUCUGGUUCAAAUUAUAAUCCAAUGCAAUCGUUAGGACAAAAUUUAUUUGUAAUAAAUUUAAUUGACACGCGACACUACUCAAAGAGUAAUGUCAACCUAUCCCAUUUCAAAAGCAGCAAGACUCGCAAGGGAAAUCACGGCGGCAACAUGAUACUUUUUUGCGCAUUUUAUUCGGACGUGGCGCAUUUUUCUAACAAGCGCUGUUGUUUGGGUCGGCGUUGCUGAAAUCCGAUUUGCCUUGUAGUGAGUAAUGAGCUGUCUGUUGAAUAAAUUUUUAUUUAUUUACUGUCGACAAGAGGAAAAUCAAUGCCUGAUGCAAAUCACUGACGCAGAGAAAAAGAUUUCUUUCAAAAUGUAGUACACGCUCCUUGAAAAAGUGUUAUAAAAAAAAUUAUAAUCCAAUUAAAAAUAGUAGUCAUAAUUAUUAUUUAAGCAACUUCUGAGAAAUUCGUUUAAAAUGUUCACUUUUUCAAUGAAAAAAUAAAAUACACUCUUGUGUUCUGAAUUAAAAACA